CUUUUGUCUUUGCAGUGGAGUCCGCUGACUUGCAGGCUUAAAUAAUCGAGCUCGGAACUAAAGAUGCCGUUUUGAAAGCUACAGCGGGAAUUCGCUGUUUUCCAUUUAACGCUGGAGAAAAAACAAUCCUGUGAUAGUUCACGGUUUCUCCUAUGAAGACAGUAGCAAAAAUCUCACCGUGGCAACAUUAAAUAGCAGCUAUGUCCACAAAGAAACUGGCUAAGGAAUUAGGAUUAUUGAGACAGCGGAGUAAAUCCUCUGUCUCAAAAAAAUCUGUGGUAUCAAAUCAAGUAUUUUCAUAUCUGAUUGUGAUUGACUUUGAGUCCACUUGUUGGAGAGAGAAAAAUAACUACAGCCAAGAAAUUAUCGAGUUUCCUGCCGUUCUGCUGAGCACGUCCACAGGGGAGGUGGAGUCUGAGUUUCACGCUUAUGUUCAGCCUCAGGAGCACCCCAUCCUGUCUGAGUUCUGCACUGAACUGACUGGGAUUACACAGACGCAAGUUGAAGCAGGGAUCCCACUUCAGAUCUGUCUCUCACGGUUCAGCCGCUGGCUGCAAAACCUUCAAUUUGAAAUGGGAAUGGUCUUUGCCAAGAAAGACCAGAGAUGUUCUGCACCUUCUCAAAAACUAUGUACUUUCCUCACAUGGUCAGACUGGGAUCUUGGAGUUUGUCUGCAGUAUGAGUGUAAACGCAAACAGCUUCAUAAACCUGAUGUUCUCAACAGCUGGAUAGACCUGAGAAGCACAUACAGGCUUUUUUACAACAGGAAACCCAAAGGCCUGAACGGGGCACUUCAGGAUCUUGGAAUACAGUUUUCGGGCAGGGAACAUUCAGGUUUAGAUGAUGCCCGAAACACAGCUCAGCUGGCAGCAAGAAUGAUGAGGGAUGGGUGUAUAAUGAAGAUUACUAGGAGCCUGGAGCGGACCCCAGUCAUGGUCAAACCAGUGUUUGAAAACAUUACUGGUCCUGCAGACAAGAAGAAAGAAAAACCCAACAGUAUUAAAAAGGAAAGCACACUCACCACUAGCAAACCCUCAUCAUUUAAAAUUCCUCUCAAAGUUUGUCAAAAGCUACCACGCCCAGAGGAAAUUGCUCGAAACACCAAUGCAAAGGAAAAACCAAGCUCGAUUCAUGAAUCUGCUCAAAUCUGUCAAAGCCUGAUCUCACCAAAGACGCUUCUGAACGGUGCAGCAGCGCAGCUACUGGGGCAUGGCAGGAGAUCAGUCACAGCAGAGGCUGCCCCUAGCCUUUCCUCCUCAGUUAUGACAAACUGUGUUUCUCCGCAGAAUAACAAUAACAGUCUUGUUCUGUGUCCCACUACCGUGAGCUGCUUUUCAAUUCUACCUCCACCAAACUGGGCCUCAAGGACAGAAGCAAUGUUAGGAUGCACGGAGAAAGAGGAGGGUGCAGAACUGGUAGCGGAAACAGAGGAGAGGUGUGGCUCAUAUGAUGAUGUGGUGUUGGAGGGUGAUGAAGCUAUUAAUGAAGCAGACAAUGGAUGUGAUACAGGAUACAUACCUGAUUUUAAUAGUGGAUGUUGUGAGAGGGAACAGCACCAUUCAGCAGGAAAUCAGCUCACAUUCAGUGAGAUGAGAGAAUCAGGAGGAAAGGGCUCUAAAGUGCAAAAGAUUACCACAGAUUCUUCUGUGACCAGUCAAGUUAAAAAAUCUCAUGUUUAUGUCUCCAAUCACACAACAGAAAUGAUGUCCUCAGAGUCAGAUGCUUAUUUUGCUGUGCCUAAAACUGUUAACUUUGGUAAAUCAAAUCAGUGCAAAACAGGACUUAGAACCUCGCUACAACUUCAAGAAACAUCUUAUGGUCACAAUAAAAGCUGUUCAAUUAGGCCUAAGCCUUUUGUCCCAGAAAAGAUCUUCACUCCUAAUACAUCCUUUGUCAGGUCAAAAUCUGUCAACGCACAAAUCUCAAAUCACAAAGAGACUCUGAGGUCCUCCUUUACCAUCUACACCGAGACAACAAAACAAGCCACAGCUCCCUCACAUCCUUCCUCCCGUGGCUCUCUGCACGCCUCUAAAGGUGUCCUCUCCUCUUUGUCAACCAACACACUCUCCUGUGCCGACCGUUCCACCAUUUCCAUGAGAGGAGCGCAGAAGAUCACUUCCCCACUGUGCGCGUGUGGCCGUCGUGCAAAGCGACAGGUCGUGUCAAAUGGCGGUCCAAACCACGGUCGAGGGUUUUAUUGCUGCCCAGUGCGCCGCUCAGGCAGCAGGGGCAGGAUGGAGAAAGGGUGCGAGUUUUUUAAGUGGGAGUCGGCCGUGAUGAAGAGCAGUUCAGCUGCCGCUCCUGCUGUCGGAUCCUCUGUUUCACUCUGUCAGAUCAACUCCACUCUAUCCCAUCAUCCACCCCACAGGUCAUUGCUAAGAAAAAGCUAUUAAUAUCCUCCAUUUGCUCCAUCAUGCAUUAGUGUUAUUGGCAUUAUGACAUUUUCAGGGUGAAGUAUAUAUGUGGCACAUACAAAUUAAAGCCUUUAUUUAACUGACAUUCUAAAUUCUGAAAUUAUUGAUUCACUAAUUGUCAUCUAUCAAAUUUAUAACCAAUUAAAUUGCUUUAUCUGUCUCAAGUCACUAUAAAUCCAUCUAUUUUCUUCCGCUUAUCCGGGGCUGGGUCACGGGAGCAGCAGCGUAAACAGAGAAGCCCAGACCUUCCUCUCCCCAGCCACUUCCUCCAUCUUAUCCAGGGGAACACCGAGGCGUUCCUCCAGGUAAGAUAUAAUCUCUCCAGUGGCUCAUGGGUCUGCCCCCGGGCCUUCUCCCGGAUCGCCUCACCAAGGAGACAUUCCAGUCAGAUGCCCGAACCACCUCAACUGGCUCCUUUCGAUGUGGCGUAGCAGCUCUUCUCUGAGCCCCUCUUGAAUGACUGCACUCCUCACCCUAUCACAAAGGGAGUGGCCAUCCACCCUUCAAAGGAUGCUCAUUGCUGCUUGUAUCUGCGAUCUCUUUCUUUCAGUCACUACCCAAAGCUCGUAGCCAUAGGUGAGGGCAGGGAUGUAGACUUGACCGGUAAAUAGACAGCUUCACUUUUAUGUUCAGCUCUCUCGUCACCACUACUGACUGGUACAGGGUCUGCAUUACUGCAGCCCCAAUCUGUUUGUCAGUCUCCCGUUCUCCUCUCCCAUCACUUGGGAACAAGACUCCGAAAUACUUAAACUCCUCCAUUUGGGGCAGCAACUCAUCCCUGACUCAGAAUGAGCACUCCACCCUUUUCCAGCUGAGGACCAUGGCCUCAGACUUAGAGGUGUUAAUUCUCAUACCUACCAGUUCACAUUUGGCUGCAAACCGCUGCAGUGCAAGCUGGAGGCAUCACCUGAUGAAGCCAACAGGACUGCAUCAUCUGCAGAAAGCAGAGAUGAGAUUCUGAGGCCACCAAAGUGGAAGCCAUCUGCCCCUUAGCUACGCCUAGAAGUUCUGUCCAUAAAAUUAUGAACAGGAUUUAUUCCGACUCUCACUGUAAAUUAACUCAUUAAAUUAAGUAUUUUUGCUGUCAUAAGACUAAAUGCUUUCAUUACUGUAUUGAUCUCCAACAAUGGCCACUCA